AUGAGAUGUUUGUCCUUCUUCUUCUUAUUUCCCAUGAUCGCGUUGGGAUUUCGUGGCAUGGCGACCCUUUUAAAUGACAUAGAACGCCGACAAUCAAACCCUACAACAAGCGACUUGAUUGGAGAUCUGGUGGAUGGUGCUUCCACCACAGUUGGAAGACGAGUGCGCGAUUGUAUCACGGGGGUGGGAUCAUGUGAAUACCAGGAGAGAAAGAACUAUGAGCGCCCUGGCGACCUGGGAAGCGCUAAUUGCCAGGCUGACUUAUGUUGCGCUUGGGACUUUUUACAGCAAGAGCUGGUCGAGCUAUUUCGAAAUGAAAAUGGCACCUGCAAUGGUCUUGCUCGAGCAUCAGUGAGACUCGGAUUUCAUGAUGCAGGAGCAUGGUCGAGAACAAGCAGCACGGGUGGCGCUGAUGGUAGCUUUCUCCUAAGUCCUGAUGAGAUCCAGCGACCAGAGAACGAUGGCCUUCAAGAUGUUCGAAUCGAGGCACUGCAGCUGCUAAAGAAAUAUUCAAAGUAUGGUAUUGGGGCUGCCGAUCUGGUGCAGUUCAUGCAUAAUGUCGCCACAGUGACCUGUCCUUUAGGUCCCAGGUUGUUGACUUUGAUCGGACGCCAUGAUCAUGAUGAAGCAAACCCUCCUGGCCUCAUACCAAGCAACAACGCGUCCGAUCCAACUUUCCUGAUAGAACUUUUCGAGAACAAAACCAUUACGGCUCGCGAUCUUGCCGCACUCCUCGGAGCGCAUACUGUUGCUCAGCAGUUCUAUGUUGAUCCUUCUCGGGCAGGUCAGCCGCUUGAUUCAACACCCGGAGUAUGGGAUAUGAACUUUUACCGUGAGAUGGCAUUGUCCGAUCCGCCCCGAGGUAUUUUUCGACUUCCAAGCGACUCAGCGCUUUCUCAGGCCCCCGGCACCUCGUCGCGUUUUCAAGCAUUUACGGAUGAGACCUUUGGCCAAACAGUCUGGAAUGUACAAUAUGCUGCGGCAUAUGUGCGCCUCAGCCUCCUUGGUGUUAAUAACAUCAAUCAACUGACCGACUGCACCAAAGUGCUUCCCGAUGCGGUGACGUCGUUUUCCGCAGUGUCUCCAACCACAUCGUCUGCUUCAACUGCAGCUCAACAUUUAACCACUCCUAGGUCAAUAUGA